GAAGGAGUAAUAUAUAUUCACACACAUGGAUGUGAACUUGCAUGUUUUAAUUCCCACAUACUAAAAAAAACAUCUUUCUAUAACCAUGUUUCCUGAACUUGCAUUCCUGCUAAUUCACUUUAUGUGUACAUUAGUUUCAUCUGAUCAACAAUUUGGAUUCACUUUCAAUGGCUUCGGACCCAAAGACAUCAGCCUUGACGGUGCAGCAAUUCGCGCACCCAACGGUCUCUUAAAGCUAACAAAUUCUACUUCUCAACAAGGCCAGGCCUUUUACUCCAACCAAGUCAGAUUCAGAAACAAGCAGUCGGCAAAAAGUGGUACUAAUGCUUCUUCGGUUUCUUCGUUCUCUACAACUUUUGUGUUUGCAAUAGUCCCUGAAGUGUACCGAUUGAGCGCUCACGGCAUACUUUUUGUUGUCACACCAACAAAAAGCCUCUCCAGAGCUCCUCCGUUUGAGUAUUUUGGUGUUUUUAAUCCCACCAACAAGACCAAUGCCACUGAUCAUGUUUUCGCGGUGGAGUUGGAUACGAUUCAAAACAAUCAAUUCGGAGAUUUAAAUUAUGACCAUGUUGGAAUUGAUAUCAAUAGCAUAAAUUCAACUAUCUCUGAGCAAGCAGGCUAUUUUGAUGAUGCAAAUAAGUUUCAGAAUUUGUCACUCUUUAGUGGACAAAUAAUGCAACUAUGGGUGGAAUAUAGUGGCUUGGAGAAGCAGAUUAAUGUCACAUUAGCUCCUGUAGGGAUACGAAAGCCAAAGAGGCCACUCUUGUCUUUGAGUUAUGAUCUUGAUCCAGUUAUCAAUGAAGAAAUGUACGUGGGCUUCUCUUCCACCACGGGCACAAUAAUUUUUACAUCUCAUUAUGUUCUUGGAUGGAGCUUUAUGGUGAAUGGCAGAGCUGAGGAGCUUGAUCUUUCGAAACUCCCCAGACUUCCUCGAAUUGGGCCCAAGAAGAAGUCAAGUUUUCUGACAAUUUGGUUACCAUUGAUUCUGGCAAUUAUGAUGUUAGUGACAUUUUCUGCCGUGUUUUAUUAUGUGAGGAGGAAAAGGAAAUUUGCAGAAGUUCUUGAAGAUUGGGAACUUGAAUAUGGGCCUCAUAGAUUUAAGUACAAGGAUCUUUAUGUGGCUACUAAAGGGUUUAAAGAUAAGGAGCUGUUGGGGAUUGGAGGUUUUGGUAGGGUGUACAGAGGGGUUCUUCCGAUAUCUGAAAUAGAAGUUGCAGUUAAAAGAAUUUCCCAUGAAUCAAGACAAGGGAUGAGAGAAUUCAUUGCUGAAAUUGUAAGCAUGGGCAGGCUUAGACACCGGAAUAUAGUCCAGCUCUUGGGUUAUUGUCGUCGAAGAGGUGAAUUACUCUUAGUGUAUGACUAUAUGCCUAACGGUAGUUUGGACAGGCUACUUCAUAACAACCCUGAGAUUAGUCUGAAUUGGAUGCAAAGAUUUCGAGUCAUCAAAGGUGUGGCAGCAGGACUUAAGUAUCUACAUCAAGACUGGGAGCAAGUGGUGAUUCACAGAGAUAUCAAAGCUAGUAAUGUGCUGCUAGAUAGUGAAAUGAACGGAAGACUAGGAGAUUUUGGGCUAGCAAGACUGUAUGAUCAUGGAACAGACACUCAAACUACUCAUAUUGUCGGAACAAUUGGAUACCUAGCCCCUGAACACGCCAGAACCGGGAAGGCCACAACUAGCACUGAUGUCUACUCUUUUGGGGCAUUUUUACUAGAGGUUGUUUGUGGUCGACGUCCCCUAGACGUACAAGAAGAAAUACUUUUGGUGGACAAGGUUGGCUCUUUAUGGAACAAACGUGAAAUAAUUCGGGCUGUUGAUCAUAAUUUGGGGGUAGAUUAUGUUGCAGAGGAAGUGGAGUUGGUGUUGAAGCUUGGCUUGUUGUGCUCAAGUAUUGACCCUAAUCUCAGGCCAAGUAUGGAGCAAGUUGUGCACUACUUACAUGGUUACGAAAGUUUGCCAGAGCUAUCUUAUUUUGACAGUAUUUCUCAGUCUGAAAUCGCGUACAAAAGUGACAGAGGAUUCAGUAAUUUCACCACAUCAUCUCAUCCGUCAUCUGCUGUCGAAUCAUUUCUCAGCAGCGGUAGAUGAACAAUAUAUAAGACAUCGCACUAGUUCAUCUUGUCUGAGUAACAGUCUUUUACAGAGUGAAUGAAAUUAGCAAAAAGAUGUACACUUUACUCUGAUUUUAUAAAGUUGUUCUUAUGAUA